UGGCGACGUGACUCUCUCCUGCAAUGUCAACGUAUGGUACCACUCGCCACCACCAUCCUCCCGUUGCGCCAAAUUUCUCAAACAAGGAUCGCGUUACGGAUUAUCACACUACCUUAUUCCGUCGGCUAAUAUGGGAUGGAACCGUUCCGCUUGAAAUCCGUGUAGAUCCAAAGGAAUUGCCUGCGAAUUCAGAUCGUGGACUCGAAUGCUACUUUCUGCAGGCUCCCAGAGUCACUUACAUGCCUCUUUUAAUGCCAGAGAUACGCAGAUUCUUUAUGGACCUGGUGUUUGACGAGACUGCUACCAAAGAUCUCAAAGACGAAGAGUGGUGGUUCGAAACUGCAGAGGGAAGGCUGGUCAAAUGGCAUUGGCCCAUUGGACUGAUAUACGAUAAUCAUAUUAUUUCCACGUCUCUCAAGCCAUCCUCCUCUCGGGCUGCGUCUGCAGCUACCCCCUUACGUCUGACACUGCAUCUCGCAUCUCCGCCCAGCGAUAAGUUGUUACUUUCACCGAGUGCGGAAGCAUGCAAGCAAGCUUUCAUGGGUCAGCUCAAAGAGGCCGAUUUCAUCAGAUGGGGGAACACAAAGCGUAUGACGGGACUCAGGCAACAGGACCAGGAUGGUAUGUGGGAGGGAAUAAAAGAACACAAUUUUGAUGACUAUUGGCGCGUCGCAUCGAAAGUGACGCCUACGACAACACCCUCUCACACAGGUCCUCCGCCAUCGUCGACAUCCAUGCAUACAAGUCCCCCAUCAGCAGAUCCUGGUGGACCGUCGGAAAGAGAUGGCGCUUACAAUGUUCGAAGUGUACCGGUACGAAUAUACCUUCCGGAUGGACCGGUCAUCCAAGAAUUGGUGCCUCCUGUCCUUGCAGAUGGCACACCUCAUACCCUUUCUUCAUAUCUUACGGCCAAUCUACCUCUACUUUUCCCUCCCCAGCCACCUGCUCCUCCACCUUCUCGAACUAACCCCAACCCGCGACCCCCGUCCGUUUCUCACCUCGCCUAUGCUCUGAUUCAAGGCAUAAUAACUCCGCAUGAAUCUGAAAUGGCGUGGUUGGGAGCGUGCCUCGCAGGAGCAGACGGAUGGGUGAAUGUUUGCAUAGGCUUGCACAAUACGUAGAUCCUGAGACGUAAUAGGCUUUUAAUGCUGAUACUGUUCCACCCAUUCGUGAAAUCGGGUAUAACGCAACAUGA